AUGAGAUGGAUGCAUAUCCAUCCUGUCAACUAUCGGUUUCUGAACCACUCGCUUUCUAUCUUUCUACAACCACCUUUUUGGGCAUCGUGUGGUAUGUUUCGCGUGGGCUCGGGAGGUCUGGUGAGAGCGCUGGACGGCAAUUGCGAGCGUUUGAAAACCAUGGUGGAACGUUGCAUCGAACAAAACAACUUGAUAUCGGCAGAGUUCUUGGCAGAGCUGUUAUGCACAGAAGUACAGAGACUAGAAGGUGCAGAACGGGAAGUCUUCGGCGCAGCGUAUCUUUAUGGACUGGUUUUGUACUUGAAGGGCGAUUUCAAAAGCGCACAAGCGGUCGUGAGACCUUACAGGGCCGAAAAUCUGAUGUGUGCAUACGUCUUGGCUCGCAGUGCGUUGAAGUUAGAAAGACAACAAUGGGACGAAGCAGCACGGAGUCUGGAACUGCUGUUGGACAUUUCUGCAUUUCAAAAUAUGGAAACCUACUACGGAGCCCCAGACGAGGCAACCGUACAUUCCGUUUUGGGCCAUCUAUAUAACAAGAUGGGGAAACUCAAAGAGAGCAGUGUAGCUCAUUUGCGUGCCUUGGAACUCGACCCCUACUUGUGGGAGUCUUUUCUUGCGCUUUGCGACAUGGGAGCUCCCGUCAAAAUCGGCCAAUUGUAUAAAACCUCUUCCUCUUCUGGUGUGCCCAAAAACGGAGUUCUUCAGAAUCCCAAUAAGAAAAAAUCCGGUGUGGUUGCAAAACCCCACACACCGUUCAAGAUUCCCGGACUUGAUCCCAAGAAGAGGAAUUCACAUCCACAUAUUCCGGUACCUAUUUCAAAGCCAAGAACUGGUGCUGCCCACACCAGCACACUUCUUAAACCAAUCAAUGGCGCUGGCGCCUCAUCACCUCAUUCUUCACUCCCAAAAUCACGGCUCUUGGCUACACCUCCUUUCAAAUCAGCAUUACAUGAGAAAUCCAUCACACCGGAACGCGACCCAGGCACUUCAAGAGCUAAUAUUGCCGGGAACUUUGGCAACGGCUCCACAUCGAAGUUUGCAUCGGAACUGGACGCCCAACUUUAUGUACUGGCCAAGGCAUACAAGGCAGCUUCUAGAUUUGAUUGCUACAAGGCUGUAAGAUUACUGAACGAAGAACUUCCUCAGCAUAUUUUGACAGGCAUGCCGUGGGUCCUUGCACUUUUGGGCAAACUGCACUUCGAAUUGGUGAAUUACGAUAUGUCCAAGACGUAUUUCACGUCUUUAAGAGAAUUACAGCCGUUUAGAGUUUCAGAUAUGGAAAUAUACUCGACCCUACUAUGGCAUCUCAAUGAUUCGACAGGGUUAUCAUAUUUGUGCCACGAGCUUCUAGAAAUCAGUCGCACAGCACCGCAAACAUGGUGCUGUAUAGGAAAUCUAUUCUCACUACAAAAAGAUCACGAAGAGUCUACCAAGGCGUUUCAACGAAGCACGCUAAUUGAUCCGCAAUUCACAUAUGCAUACACUUUACAAGGGCACGAAUACUCAAGUAAUGACGCUUUUGAUACUGCAAUGACUUGUUAUCGUAAGGCUCUAGCUUCAAACCCUCAGCAUUACAAUGCCUACUAUGGUCUAGGUAUGUGCUGCUUGAAGCUCGGACAAUACGAAGAGUGCUUUUUACACUUCGAAAAAGCAAGAAGCAUCAACCCGGUUAACGUCAUUUUGAUUUGCUGCUGUGGAGUUGCACUGGAGAAGCUGUCUCAUCGUGAAAAAGCUCUUCAGUAUUAUGAUCUAGCAUGUGAACUACAGCCCAUGUCGUCACUUGCGCUAUUCAAGAGGGCACAGUUGCUUCUUUCUAUGGGCAAAUACAAUCUCGCACUGGGUAAUUUCGAGCGAUUGGUAACGAUUGCACCGGAUGAGGCGACCAUCCAUUUCUUGCUAGGACAGCUCUAUCAAAUAAUGGGCAGAAAGCAAGAUGCGGUCAAGGAAUUGACCAUCGCAAUGAAUUUGGAUCCAAAGGGCAGCCAGCUGAUCCAGAGUGCAUUAGAAAAGUGCCACUUAAUGGACUAA